AAGAUGUAUGAGAAGAAGCGGUGAUAUGCUAUCUCGUUUUUACAUAUGUUGAGAUGUUAGCCCUUGAAACAUGGCGUGAUGCCAAAGGGGUGGUUAAGACAGACGAGACAGACACAGACAGACAGUGAUGAUGAGUGCGGUGUAACGGUAUUGGAACGAUCAAAACAAACCAAAAAUGAGAGCAUGCAGCAAGUUUCUUUUUAAAAGUAACAAUUUUCUUAACUUGAAGCGCUUCCUCUGUACAGUAGCUAAAUGCAAGUUCGAUGUCGCCCUCGUUGAGUCUACCAACGAAGCUCUCGAAGCUGGACGAUAUAAGCAUCGACACCACGAGGGUAGGGUUUCUAGUGGAUGCAUCAGUGUUCCAGACUCGAUAGUAUCGGCAAUAGUGAAAAGUUGCAAAGAUUACCCGUUGAAGGCCCUUACAACUGAGGGUUCAAAAUUGGACAGCAUCAUACGAACACGAAAGGCUCCGUUAGAGCAGGAUGAACUCCGGAAGAGAAUAAACAAGGUGCGGCAAGAUGUUGGCCAAGAAUUUUACAGUAAAAUGAAUGUAGAAGCAAUGACCGAGGAACAGACUGAACAUCUGAGCAAGGUGAUCGAUGCUCAAUCGAUGAAACGUGCAAAACAGAAGAUUUACGCAUGGAAACCAAUCAACUAUGAUGAGUUUAAAGGGCUUCAGUAUUUGUUAGGUCGAUCUGCGACAGAAUAUGCGGUCUUAACGCAGAUUUUCGAUGAGAUCAGAAAGCGAGUUCCGGAAUUCAAACCACGCAGUUUUCUCGACUUUGGAUCCGGUGUCGGCACGGGAACGUGGGCGGCGGCCAACUUGUGGAGAGAACACAUCUUCGAGUACGUUUGCAUUGAUGCGUCCGCCGAAAUGAAUGAUCUUGCUGAGCUGAUCAUACGAGGUGGCGAAAGCAACCGAAAUAUGAGCUUGCGAAAUAUUUUCUAUCGGCAAUUUUUGCCCGCAUCACAAAACACCAAAUAUGAUCUUGUGCUAAGUGCUUUCUCCUUGUUUGAACUGCCCACAAAAAAAACUCGGCUGGAUGUGGUGGAAAAUCUUUGGAACAAGUGCGACGGUUUUCUUGUCCUUGUUGAGCAUGGCUCUUCCGCGGGUUUUUCUCUGAUCGACGAGGCGAGACAGUUUUUGACAAACAAAAACGAUUCAAGUGAUUGCGAGUAUCACAUAUUUUCACCUUGCCCACAUAGCCAUCAGUGUCCACGGGUAAGUUUAGCGGAUGGAACACCUUGUAACUUCGAAGUCACGUACAAUCAGCUCCCGCUGGGGAACUCAACGGAAGCGAGUAAGUAUCUGUACUCGUACGUUGUGUUUCGCAAAGGAGCUGCGUCCGCUCAGCAGGACAAGUAUCCGCGGAUAGUCAGACCCACACUCGUUCGUUCAAAACACUCCAUCUGCCGAAUGUGUACGGCUGAGGGAGACUUGCAGGAGGUUAUCUUUACGGCCUCCAAACAUGGGAAGAACCUUUAUAGAUGUGCCAGGGCAAGUAAAUGGGGUGAUCAAUUACCGAUUACCAUUGGAAAGAAAGCUUUAUAGUUACUCAAUGUGUAACUUUAUUAGAAUAAACAAUAUGUUAAUAACAGACUAUAAAAUUUAGUUAUGUAGUUAA